CUCGCUCUGUGCACAUCCGCGGAAAAUACGGGGACUUUUCUUUUGAGUAAAAAAAAAUUGGGCGCCGAAGAGACGGCAUUAUAAGAAAAUCCCCCUGUUCCCCCCACAGCUGCCUGCGACUCAAAGUAUUGCGUUUCGAUCGACCCUGACUGCAAGAUGUCCUUGGUGGAUUUAGGCAAGAAGCUUCUAGAGGCAGCACGAGCCGGACAGGAUGAUGAGGUCCGUAUCCUAAUGGCUAAUGGAGCCCCGUUCACAACAGACUGGCUUGGAACGUCUCCCUUACAUCUAUCAGCACAAUAUGGGCAUUACUCAACCACAGAAGUACUGUUAAGAGCAGGCGUGAGCCGGGAUGCCAGGACUAAGGUGGACAGAACCCCUUUACACAUGGCGGCUGCAGAAGGCCAUGCCCGGAUAGUUGAGGUGCUACUAAAGCACGGAGCUGACGUCAAUGCAAAAGACAUGCUGAAGAUGACUGCCCUUCAUUGGGCAACAGAACAUGGUUACCAGGAAGUAGUGGACCUUUUAAUAAAAUACGGGGCUGAUGUUCAUGUUCAGAGCAAAUUUUGCAAAAAUGCGCUGGACAUAGCAAUUGAUAAUGCAAAUGAAGAACUUGCAGAAAUACUUCAGGUGUCAAUGCAAAACCAAAUAAAUACAAACCCAGAAAGCCCAGAUACAGUAACAAUACACACAGCAACACCCCAGUUUAUAAUUGGUCCAGGUGGGGUAGUGAACCUGACAGGCUUGGUUUCAGCAGCUAACUCCUCAAAAGAUGAAGCAGGUGUGUCCACAGUUCAAUUUGGCAACUCAUCAACUUCAGUAUUAGCUACAUUAGCAGCUUUAGCAGAAGCAUCUGCACCCUUAUCCAAUUCAACAGAAACUCCAGUAGUUGCAACAGAAGAAGUCGUAACUGCUGACUCAGUGGAGGGUGCCAUUCAACAAGUUGUCAGCUCUGGAGGACAGCAAGUAAUCACGAUCGUCACAGAUGGCAUUCAGCUAGGCAAUUUACAGACAGGUGGGAUGGGCCAGCCCAUUAUUGUGACAAUGCCAGACGGUCAACAAGCAUGUUUCUCAGUCUUAACAGUCCCUGCCACAGACAUUGCAGAAGAGACUGUAAUCAGUGAGGAGCCAUCAGUUAAAAGGCCGCGCAUAGAAAUCAUUGAAAAUCAUUCCGAAACCACAGAAAUUGAGGAGAAAGAAACUUUGCAGAAGCAGUUGGAAGAGGCUAAUCGCGAGGCUCAGAAAUACCGCCAGCAGCUGCAAAAGAAAGAACAGGAAGCCGAGGCCUACAGGCAGAAGCUGGAGGCCAUCACUCGCCACCAAAGUAAUAAAAAAGCUGUAUGAGUGGAGACAAGUCCAACACAGGACUGAACUGAGAAGGUUACACUUGAUGUCAAGUGAACCGCUGUAUAGAUGAAUAGGUUCGAGGUUGUAUGUAAAGAAGGACAUUUGGAUGUUAAGUCCAUGAUACACUUUUAUCACGAAGUACAAUAAUCUGUAAAGCAAAUUAUUUUUGUCACUAAAAGGACAAGACCAGUGUGCUGGAUCAUGCAGUUGUAUUCGUGGUAACCAUUAGGAAGUACAUUCUUUUAUAGGCAGUUGAAUAACACAUGGAUGAUUUCUCAAUUAUACAAAUUACUUCCUGCUUCCUCCCACAAUUAAACUGUGGUUCAUUACAGGUUCAGUGUUUUCUUAACAAUAUUAAAAUUUAAAAAAAAUGUUGCACUACUUUGAAACCCAGUAAACUAGAUUGCUGGUUUACAUUUUGUCAAAAUAGCUAAACCCUCACUUUACAAAUAUAGCAGACUAAUCCUGAAGAGUCACAUUUUACUUUUGGGGAGUCAUUCAUGCGAUCCAGGGUACACUGGAUUGACCCGUUUUAUAGUGAACUCUCAAAAUCCCAAUGGCUUUCACUUCUGGAAAUUUUCGAUUCCCAAAUGCAUUUGGUCUACAGUACUUUAUCACAAACUGGAAGCUAUUGAAACUUGUGUCAGUCUGAACUCAAUCACAACAUAGACAUCAUUGCUUUUACUCAUCUGAAGUAUCCCCAAAACUUUGAGGCUUGUUGAAAUUGUAAUUAAACCCUAUAUGGUUUGAAAAUUGAGGAACAAAAGCUUUAAAAAAAUGGUGGAAUUCUAUUUACAAACAGUAUCACCUUAAAGGGGAAGUAGUUUAACCACAAUAAACAUUUUUAACCCUUUCCUUUCACAAAUGCUAAAUUCAAAACUAAAAAUACCAAGACAGUAAACUGACUACAAAUUCCAUGCUGUUGUAUCCCCCAAUCCCAUUUAGGUUUGUAUAGUGGUGGUUGGUUUGGAGCUGUAUAUUUAAAACCUUUAGCAUGUUACAUCUCCCUGGAAAAGUUAGAACAUUUUUCUUCUGUUUAAACUUAAGUAUAUCUUCAAGAAACAUCAGUUUGAUCUUGUGUUUUCUUUUUUAAUUAUAAUAUUGCUAUAUUCUCCCUGUAAACAAUUAAAGCACACCACAGACCACUGUUAUUGAUUUGUAAAAAAAAUUACAUUUCCGUCAAAUUAAGCGUCUUUGUCGUGAUGGCUUCACUGCGUUUUAAAAUGUAAGACUCAGUUGGAAAAAUACUUAUUUUAAUGGUUUGCCAAAAAUAAACUUAGUUAUAAAAUUAGAGAAAUAUUUUGUCUUUGUCGAUGUCUUCAUUGACAGAUAAGUUUUGCUGUUAUGUAACUAUGUUACCUUUUAGUACCAGUAGUUCUGUUAAGAAUGAAUGCAAUGCUUACAGCUGUACAGCUAUAAGGGAUUUCUCUCAUGUUCAUUUUUCAUCUGAACAGCUAUAUUCCUAUCACGAAGGCAUUAUGAUUUCUUAAUGCAAUCCGCUGUCUUUCUGUGUUUGUCUAUGUCUGUUUGUCUAUGUGUGAAUUCAGAUGUUUGGUGAAUCUGGUUUCAGUGACACAAGCUAUACGCCACCUUUUAAAUGAUCCAUCUAAUAUUGUUAAAUAUUGACCAUUCACAAUGCAGACACGGCAGUUAGACUUCAUCCUUUCGUGUUUGUUAGUUGUUCUGGCAACUUUUUUUUUUUUUUUAUUAUGUAUACUGUAUUUUUUUUUUUUUUUCUUGAACAUAUGACUCGCAAAAUACCAGUCAUUUACAGGUGUUUGUUAUGGAUCAUGAUACAGUGUAAAUAUAUUUGCUUUGUCUUUUCUAUUUUACAAUUAAACACAUUU